UCAUGUCCCGAACUGCCAUCGCCACAGACACGGUGCCAUCUCUGUUCCCUCUCAUUCUCCCUGCGGGACACACAGACGUGACUUCACGUGUCAGAGACGAAUCAUACUGCAGCUAGCUGGAUGUCUACUGCCACGUCAAGUAGUGAAAGGAAUACAGGGACGACUAUAAGCUUUGCUGCAGAACUGCAGAGCAUGGUGCUUUCUUCAGGUGAUGCUAGGAGGCCUCUCCAUGAAACAGCAGUUUUAGUCGAAGAAGUGGUUCACACACAACUAAUUAACCUGUUACGGCACGUCUCUCAGCUGUGGGGAGCAAGGGUGAUCUCUGCUGAAGAUCUUCUGUUCUUGAUGAGAAAAGGUAAGAAGAAACUGAGAAGACUUCUAAAAUACAUGGUUAUCUGUGACUGCAAAUCAAAGACCAUCCAAGGCCUUGACGAGGAUGACCUCCUGGAAGAAAAACUGAGUGGCGGCAGCAUCAGUACAAACAAGAGACAGAAGAUCACUCAGGAUUCAAUCGACUCUAUUGACCAGAUAGGAGAGCUUCUGGCAACGUUUGAAGACAAUGAACUUGGUGAUGUUAAACAGGAAAGAAUGGAGAGAGCAGAAAGGCAGACUCGAACUAUGGAUUCAGCUCAAUAUGCAGAAGUCUGUAAAAGCCGACAGCUAAGUUUCUCCAAAAAUGCUUCCAAAUUUCAAGACUGGCUGGACCGCGGCAGCAUGGCGAUGAAGCCGGAUGUUACGGCGAUGGAAAUUCUGGCAUAUGUAGCACAUGAAACAGUAGCACAGUGAGUGGAUCUGGCUCUUCUCGAGAGGCAGGAUAUGGUAUCCAAGGCAGGGGACCCCUUGAGCCGUGCCAUUUCGGCAACCUCCAUUCAGUAUCACAGCUCUGCUGAGGGGCCCUGCUUGAAGUCCCGCCCACACGCUCCUGAGAACACACCGCCUCCUACACCAACAGCGCCCUCUUCUGGAUCACAGCAUCCCGGAAGAGCCACAUCCGGACCCCUGGGGAAUGGGGGUGCAGGACAAGACUCGACUAAAAGCAGAGAAAGAGGAAAAAGAGCACCCGCGGCCUGUGGUGUUGAGGCUCACGGGGAUGCCGUCCAGCCCUGGCACAUCAGAGAAGCCAUUCGGCGCUAGCCACAAGACUGGCCCUCUUUCCCCAUUCACAAGUGCCUAACGAAGGAUUGGGAUGGCUUCCUGGCCUGCUGAGGGGACCGUGGCUGUGCCUGCUGCAACAAGAGAGGGACCGGUACACCGAGGCCAUUCUUCCCU